AUGAGCAAAAACAAGUCAAGAGGAGUAGCUGAUAGAAAAGGAGAGGGCAGCACAGGAAGUGAGAGCAUUGCUCCACGCAUGAUCACCUCCCAGGCUACGACGUCUUGUCUGCAGAACUUGCGUCAGAACCCAGCUUUAACCACAGGGCACACAUUCAUAGUACAGUCACACCAUGAAAUGAAGAAUUUCAGUAAGUCAGCACGCCCAAUUGCACCUGCCCCACCGACUCAAACAGUACAGAAUUUGGCUGCCCGCAAUGUUCAGUCUUCACAAGCAAAUAUUCCGAGCAUCAUUUCACCUGCACUGGCCACUGGAAACAACGACAACCUGGUCAGCCUAAACUUUGUCACAACUACGGCCUCGGGCGGGCUCGGGACCAUCAGCCAUAACCCGAAUGCGGUGCCGGUGACUCUACACCAGACCAACAACGUCUUUCAGCUGGGUUCCAGCACCACAGCUGGGAACUUAUCCGUGGUGCAGCAGGGCAUAACUAUGCUACGUGGCUCCAACAGCGCUGGGCAGCAAGCGCAGUCUCAUAUUCAGGCGUUUGCCCACAGUUUUCCCCAAGUGCCUAGAGGUACGCCAUCUCCAGCUGUUCCGAAAUCAGCAGGUGUGCUGCGUCAGGGCCCUUCACCAGCCCUGCAGAUACCCGCAGGUUUGAACACGUUGCCUCUCCCCAUAGCCAGGGCUCCGCUUCUGCAGUCAAUCAAGACCACAACAACACAGGCAACAAGGCCACAGUCACCUGCUGUUGGGGGUCUGCCAGCGCCACAGACACAGCCACAAGAUUUGUCAAGAACAAACUUCUCCAUGCAUGGAUCUGUCAUACCAGGAGGCAUAGCGCCUCUUUCCAUGCACGUAACCCUCAACCGCAUGGACAACUCAUCGGUAAACCAGGACAGCUCAAUUUUACAGAGCCGCACAGUCACCGCCCAGGUUCAGAAAGAUGCUCCGGCAAGCAUCCAGCAAAGGAUAAGUGUUUCUCUCUCGUCAGACUCAAAUUUGCAUUCCCGCCUAACACCUGAACUUGCAAGGUCAACACUACCCUUCAGCGGCUCUGCCAAGGUUACUCAUCCAAGUUUUGUUCCCCAGCCAAAAGUUGUAUCCGCCCAGCAGGGUGCAUCCAUAAAAACAGUGAAUUUAGCUGUAACCACACCGGUCAUGAUAAACUCCAUCAACCCAACUCUUACGACUGCGACCACAACUGUUGCCUCGACCACCCCGAUUCCAAUUGCCAAAGUCACUCCACAGAGACAGUUUCCAAUGGGCAGCAUUCCUUCUUCACCAGCUGCCUUACCCCAUGUCUCCUCAUCGCUGUCAGCAGUCUCUGUUACAGUCUCGCACACCUCCAUGACAACCACUAGUUUACCAUCCUCCACGUCCUUGGCAGGGACUUUGUCCGCCAACAUCAGUGAUACAGGACCAUUGAGGCAUGAGCAAGGGGGUAUUUCGUCAACACAGUCUUCAACAGGGGGCAUCUUGAUAUCAGAUUUUCCGAAUCGGCCACCAGGUUCCAUCAUCACCAUGACAACGCUGCCAUCUUCUAUUCAGGGGAAUAAUUCCCCUUUGGUUGUUUCACAGGGAGAGAGCAGAUCAACCAAUCAAAACCAACAGCAGUUUGACGUGAAGCCUGGGGACUCCAUGUGGUUGCAGCAUUAUGUCCUGACGCAGGCACCACUGGUGCCGCAACCAGCCCAGAUUGUACGACCUGGAGCCAACACUUUUGCAUUUUUACCAUCGCAAGGGAAGAUCUUAGCCCAGACACCAAAUUUGGCUGCCACCCAGUUAGCUGCAAUGUCUGUGGCAUCCACCUCAAAUGUCAGAUUCAACAGUGGACCUGUGAUGAUGGUGGAACAGCUGCGGCAGCAUCACCAGCAACAUCCUGUGCAGUCACCUUUCAGUGCCGGGACCACUACUGUCGGUGGUAUAAGCGACAAAGCAGCAAACCUCUUAUCAAGGUCGACCAUGGCCAGCAGCAUUUACACAACAUCAGCCAGUGUCCAGUCACACAUACCUGGUGCUGGUGGCGGAGUGGGCUCCAACGCUGUCACUGGAGGUUUAAGCGCUGUUCCAGUUUCAAAUCCCAGCUCUUCUCCGCGUCCUAGUAUUCUCAGGAAACGAACCAGUGAAACGGCUGGUAUAGUGAUACGGAAGCCUAACUUCAAUCUGAAUCAAGAAAACCGCUGCCACAGCCCUCCGAGAGUAGAUACCAACAUCACUAGCGUAUGCUCACCAAAGAUUUCCAUAAAAAAUUUCUCACCUGUCAGUGAGAAUAGUCAGUCGUCUACAGAUACAGCCCUGUCGUCGAACGAUGCAACCACCCCAACACACAACCACCAUGACAAAGGCAAAGGUGACGGCGAAGAUUGCUUACAGCAUAGUCCAGUAUCCUUGUGUGUUGUCAAUAACAUCCCUGCCUCUCCGGCAGUCAGUCAUGCAGAAAGUGUUUCUGAGGCCUCUCCUAGGAAGCGAGCGAGGAAGCAGUUACUACAUGUCAGCGAGGAACUCAAAGACAACACAUCAUCCUCUGAGGAAGAAUUAGAAAAGAAUGCCCACAGACAUCGGGAAGAUUCUGUGAAAGAACAAAAUCAUUUGGAUAAAGAAAUACGUGGAGAAUACACAGAUGAAGAAGGGGUGAGGUGGGUGUUGAACAAGCCAAAACCCACUUAUGUUCUGCUUCAGCCGGAUUUUAUCAACAGUAAAACAAAAAACAACCAUUUCAUCAGAUAUUCGGAUGUCAAACCAAAAGAGGAGAGGCGGCCGACAGUGAAUGAACUUUCAAACCAGAGGAGUAUUAUGCAAAAAGUCAAUGGCUGGAAGUUAUAUUUCUCAGCGUCGCAACUAGAAGAACUGGCCAACAUUCAGCGGUGUCAGCUGAUACAGAGCCAGCUGUCAGAGGCUAUGGCAGCCAUGAUACGUACAUUAGAGCACAAACCUCGCAUUCAGGAAAUUGUCAACAAGCACAUGAGCAAACGGCCAAUCAAGAAGAAGGAGAGGACGUAG